AUGUCAGUCAGACUUAGCCAAUUGCCAGAUGAGCUUCUUGUGUCAAUUCUAUCUCAGUUGACAUUGAGAGAAGCAGUGGCUGCGAGUUGUCUUUCAAGUCGAUGGCGCUACAUUUGGACAAACAUCACACGUAGGGGUGGCAAACGGGCAGAAUUUUGCAGAAAGGAAGCAUCGAGACAUAUCGAUCGGGUUAAUCAUGUUUUGGCUUUACACAAGUCUUGUCAUUUAGAAGAAUUCAGUGUCACUUGGCUUUUUCAAGAUAGUUUUCAAUGUGAAGUUGAUAAGUGGCUCAACUUUGCAUUAGCAACGAAAGUUGAAAGUCUGAAGAUAGAAUUAUUAUAUCUUCAUUGGCGAGAUCAUCAUGCUUGUUUAGAUUUGAAAGACCUAUCUGGAUUUCAGAAUCUCAAAGUGUUGACUUUAAGCGGGGUUGAUGUGGAUAGUCAAGUGGUCAACAUGUUCCUCUCAAGCUGUGUCCUUCUCGAACACUUGUCAAUCCGAGAGUCUACCCAAUUGCAACAUCUGGAUAUAAUUGGUCCUUCUCUCAAGUUGAAGCAUUUGGAGAUACAUUCUUGCGAUAUACUAUCUUCCCUGAAGAUUAAUCAGUGUAUCAAUCUUGUCUCUUUUAGUUACGAGGGAUCGGAAACGAAUUUCGAUCUCGAGAUUGUUACUUCAAUUCUUGAUGUUCACAUCGAUGCAUAUUUUUUUCCAUCUUUGUCUGGACUUGCUACCACCCUUGCAACGAAAUUCAUUGAACUUGUCAUGCUUUCACUUGAAGUAAAUUUUGGUCAACUGAUGGGCAUCGACAGCUAUUCUCUUCCAAAAUUCAACAAUCUCAAGCAGCUCAUGUUAAGUAUUUCAAACGUUACCGAUUGUAGUCACAUUGGAAUACCUCCUCUUCUUGAUACAUCUCCAAACCUACAAAAAUUCGAGAUUGAGUUUAUUUGGGGUUAUACGAGGAUCGGUGCAUAUCGAAUGCCUUUUGAAAAGGCAGAAUGUCCCUAUAAACAUCUCAAAGUGAUCAGAUACAACGGUUAUCUUGGGGGUUCAAGUGAUGCCGAACUGAUAACUUACCUUCUUGAAAACUGUUUAGCUCUUGAGAAAUUAAUUGUGAGUCCUUGCAAUUUCUCACCACAUUCAAGGAAGUGUUCCAAAGUAGAGAGAAGAUCAAGAAGUCGGGCUUGGCGCCAACUAGAAGGAAAAUUUUCUGAAAGAGUCGAGCUGAUCAUCCUUUAAAUCCCCCUCUCCAUGCCGUAUUGAUUUGUCCCCUGGUUCCUCCUCUUGUAUUAGGCUUCAGACGUCAAUAUUUAUUGAUUGUUCUUUCCGUGUUUGGUAAUCUACUAAAGAUAUUUAUAUUCAUCUUAAUCAUGAACUCGUUAUGAUAA